UUUGCCCCGCCUCCUGCGGGCGGCCUGGCGAGGUGUUUACCCGCGGUGCAUCGUGGGGCGGUCUCCUCUGGCAACCCCGGCCCAACUGCCGCCCAGAGGCUGUGCUGAGCUGGCGCAGCGGCGGCUGCAGCAUGAGCCGGACCCCCGUAUCGUCUGCGCCCCAGUCGAGUGUAGACUACUACGAGAGGCUGGGCCAACUCCAGCACGGGCUGCGGGACAGUGAAAAGAAGAGAUUGGACCUGGAAAAGAAACUUUAUGAAUAUCAUCAGUCUGAUACAUACAGAGUUAAGCUGAAAUAUGUGAAACUAAAGAAUUAUCUGAAGGAAAUAUGUGAAUCUGAAAAGAAGGCUCAUACUCGAAAUCAAGAAUAUUUAAAGCAAUUGGAGCGUGUCCAAGCUCAUGUUGGGCACUUCACCACAAAUACAGAGAAGCUUCAGAAACUGAAGAUUGAAUAUGAGACUCAAACUAAGAAGAUGCUGCUCGAAAAAGAUAGCCUAGGACUAAAAUGUGAACUGAAAGAUGAAGACAGAGAAAAGGUUGCGGUGCAGGAGGGAAUUAACUCAGGAAUAGCCAUGUCGAGAGGAUUGUAUCAACCAGCAGCAAUUUUUAUGGGCCGCCAAAUGUCAGCCGUCUCAAGCAUGGGAGAUUUCAGUACAGAGCACAAAUCUCCCCAACCCACAAAGAACUUUUCAAUUCCUGACCUACAUUCACACCAACAGACAGCCCAGAGCAGUAAUGUGACAGACAGCUGUGUAGUACAAACUAGUAGUGACACACAGUGCUUAAAUAAGUCUGACAACAUAGAUGGAAAGGCAUCUCUUCAGACUGGUGAGAAAACGCCAGUCACAGCCAGUGUAUUGUCUGAGGAGGAAAAAACUCAUUGCUUGGAGAUAGGAAGUAACACACGUCAUGGCAAGAGUAAUUUAUCUGAAGGCAAAAAGUCUGCUGAACUCAAUUCCCCAUUACAGGAAAGAUUAAGUCCAGAGAACAGAACCACUGAUUUAAAGUGUGACAGUUCCAGCAGAUCAGGGGGAUCAGAGGGAGAAAUACUGACACGGGAACAUAUUGAAGUUGAGGAAAAAAGAGCCAGCCCACCAGUCUCUCCGAUAUCAGUUUCAGAAUACCGUGGAUCUGAAACUAAGUGGUCUCAAGAGAAGCAUUCUGCUUGGGAAGGUGUUUCAGAUCAUCUUGCUCAUGGGGACCCAGAGUCACAAAAGCCCUUCAGAAAAAUGCAGGAAGAGAAGGAGGAGGAAAGUUGGAGCACCAGCAGUGACCUCACCGUUUCUAUAAGUGAAGAUGAUCUGAUUUUAAAGAGCCCAGAACCACAGCCAAAUCCGGAUGGCAAGGUGGAGGGAGAAGAUGGAAUAGAGGCGUUAAAAUUAAUCCACUCUGAGCAAGAAAGAGAUGCCCUAUCUACUGAAAAAAAUAAUUGUAUUUUGCAAACCCUAAGCUCUCCUGAUUCAGAAAAGGAAUCAUCCACUAACGCACCAAUAAGAAAACCUGGACAAGCACCAGACUUAAGCAGACCGAGAGCACAGGUGGGUCAGCAUGUUGCCACCUUGAAAGAACAUGAUAAUUCUCUCAAAGAAGAGGCAACAGCAUUAUUGAGAAAAGCCCUUACAGAAGAGUGUGGCCAUAGGUCAACUAUUCACAGUAGUGAAUCAUCUUGCAGCUUGUCAUCUAUUCUGAAUAGCAAUAGUGGAGUAAAGGAACCCAAACCUGCUGUAUGGCUCAACAGUGUUCCUACAAGGGAACAAGAAGUUUCAAGUGGCUGUGGAGACAAGAGCAAGAAAGAAAAUGUGGCUGCAGAUAUCCCAAUCACAGAAACAGAAGCCUACCAGUUGCUGAAGAAGGCUACCCUUCAGGAUAAUACAAAUCAAACUGAAAGCAGGUUUCAAAAGGCAGAUGCUCCUGUGUCACACUUGUCAGGUUUGAACAUUGGCAGCGGUGCAUUCGAAACAAAGACAACUAACAAAAUUGCUUCGGAAGCUAGUUUUUCAUCUAGCGAAGGAAGUCCUUUGUCAAGAAAACCUUUGCCAACCUCUGUCUUACAAGAUGGAAACAUUACUUCUACACUCUCAGCAAAGAUUAGGCAGUCAGAUUCCAAGCACAUAAGACCACAUGGUGACCAUAUCCCAUGGCCUACACCCUUCACUCUGAUUUCUUUUACUUUCUGAAAUGCAGUUUUGUUAUUAUUUCAUCUACUCUAGUGGACAAGGUCGUUGGCUCUAUCCAGGACACCAGAGAAAGUUCUCAGGCUUCUCCAUCAGCCUUGCCUUAGCUUUACAUAUUAGAUAUGACCUAAAGAAAAAAAAAAUUGACCCUAAGAAUUCUGUAUAAUAAAAAAUCAACCUUGAAUUGCAGGGUCACAUUGACUUUCAGAGAUUUUCUCAAAAGGAACAAUAAUUGCCCCUUCAAUGUGAGAGUUGAGAACAAAACACUGGAAAGCGCCCUCUGCCCUUCUCCGUGGGUAGAUCACGCACCACGCACAUUUAGCUCUGAAACAUGUUUCCUGUGAGUAAACCAAUAACACAGACAAUUAAGAACCAUUACACAAUUAAUUCACAUUUCACUGGGAUGUUUACUGGCUCCCUGUGGCUUAAAUGUUCUCAAAGCCACACUGUAUAACCAUAGGACAGACAGAAAAAGCAAGUUCAAGUGGCCUCAUAGAGACAUGGCUUCAGGAAAUCAUUUUUUCCUAGAGUACCACAUGCAGAAGUGAGAUCCCUGAGAUGCGCAGUGGGUCACCUCCGUGGCAGGACUCGGCGUUGCUGGCUGAUUGCUUUUGAUGAGUUAAGUGACUACUGACACACACUCGCAUAGAUGGUUCUCAUGCGUCUGUGUUUACAGCAUUGUACGUGACUUUUUUCCUUUCCUCCCCCACCUUUAGCUUUUCUGGGUUUUUAUUUUUUUUUUCUUUGUCAGCAGGAAAGCCAAAGAAA